AUGUUCAAAUCCAAUUCCAUAGUUGCUGGUCUACUAUUGACUUCAGUAUCUGCCGUUUCACUCACAUACAGCAAACUUUAUGACAGCAACUCGAUACCUGUUAGUCAGCUAGCAUGCUACAAGAACGGUCUUAUACUGGAUGGAUACCCAUCAUGGAAAACCAUCGGAGACAUUCCGCAUUCGAUCACUGGCCUUGAACAGGUCGAUGGACCUAAUUCUCCGCUCUGCGGUUCCUGCUGGAUCCUCACAUAUGGUGAAACCUCUAGACCUGUGCUUGUCCUAGAUAGUGCAAAGGAGGGCUUCGUAUCGACUCUUGAUACCUUGAACUGGCUCACUCGUGACAAGGGCGAAGAGCUUGGAAGCGUCGAGGUGAAGCCUGCUAAGGUUGAUAUCACGAAUUGCGGAUUUGCCCCCGGGGAUAUACAGAAGGAACUCUGA